GCCCCUCUCCCCGCCCACUCAUUCAUAGCCUGAAGAGACCACGCCCCCUUACCACUCUCCACCAAUCAGCACCGCCCUCCCAAACGAGCGGGGCGCAGGAUGAUGACGUCAUAGCAAGCGCCACCAGGCGAGGACGGCGCGGGGCCGAAGGGGGCGCAUCACGUGACCCCGGGCCCGUUGUCACCUCGUGUCACCGCCACCAGCAGGUGUGGUGUCCCGGUUCCCGGAGUGGGAUGGAGCUGCUGGCUGGGCUGGGCUGUGCCUGUGCCGGCCUCGUGGCCGCGGCGCUGCUGGGGCUGGCCUGGCACCUGGGGCUGCUCUACCGGCUGUGCCACAAGGCUGACCCGGGCAGCCCCCGGCACGGGGGGGAGCUGGUGGCCGAGGUGCUGCGGGCGCACGGGGUGCGGUUCCUGUUCGCUCUGCCGGGGGGUCACAUCUCCCCCGUGCUGGUGGCCUGUGAGAAGCUCGGGAUCCGCGUGGUGGACACCAGGCACGAGGCCACCGCCGUCUUCGCCGCCGACGCCGUGUCCCGGCUCUCCGGUGUCAUCGGCGUCGCCGCCGUCACCGCCGGCCCCGGGGUCACCAACGCGGUGACGGCCGUGAAGAACGCCCAGAUGGCAGAGUCCCCCUGCUGCUGCUGGGGGCGGCAGCCUCGCUCCAGAAGGGCCGGGGGGCUCUGCAGGACAUCGAGCAGCUGUCCCUGUUCCGCACCCUGUGCAAGCUCUCGGUGUCCGUGGGGGCCGUCAGGGACAUCGUGCCCACCCUGCGCGGGGCCAUCGCCACAGCCCAGAGCGGCACCCCCGGCCCUGUGUUCGUGGAGCUCCCCAUCGACGUCCUCUACCCCUUCCACGUGGUGCAGAAGGAGCUGGGGGGGGCCCGGAGCCCCCGCGGGCUGAGGGGGAAGGUCCUGAACUGGUACCUGCAGAACUACCUGCACAACCUGUUUG